GCCGUCGUCGUUGAGAAAAAUCAAUCUUAGUAGCAGAGAAAUAAGCUAGCUAGCCACUGGGAGAAGAUGCCGGAUGAUCUAUGCAGGAAAUGCCACGCUGCACGUGAAAUCGACGUGGGUUCAGAAGGGCACUCAGCAGCAGAACAAGGAGGGAAAAAAAACUUAACACCAGAUUGCUCAGAGCCUCAGACCUUCAUCGUUAUUGCAUGACUGCUGGUUGCAGUGCACCGUACGUACAUCCAAACUAGCUGACUUGUCACGACUCAUGAGUUUCUCGUGUGGAUGCUGGAGACAGAAGAAAAAAAAAGAAUGAUACUCGUUGGGUCAGUUAUGGCCCUGAACAAACUAUAAUCUUCCUCUCAACUUGGGCCGGAGGCAUUUCACGUACCGAACGUAGUAUGUGGCGUAGUUUCGUUAUGCGAGUAUGAAAAAACCAUUUCAUUCAGUUACACAGUAUAAAAUUAUCUAUGCAUCAAACAUAACUUUUUAGACGCCACUCCUUGAGCGAAUCAGUUGCGAGCAUCACAAUUUUGCAGUGUUUGUCUAUGGUUCAGUUGCAGUUGAUCGAAUCAGGUAGCCGAUCAACCGACCGAGGCAGUUUAUUUUUUUAAUAUAUUUUUGGAAAUGUAAGCAGCAUUAAACUAUUCAAGUGCAACGGAAUAUAAGCCUCUCCUUUUUUGCGAAGAUGUGGACAUCAAAAUUGACUAGUCUUUGUUCAUGGUUAAGUUUGUGUCCAAGUGAUUUAUCUGGUAAGAUUGGUCAUGUUUUAGUUGAUGGUUCACUUGCUUAUAGUAGUUGCCAGGAAGCAGGAAUCACGUCAACUUGUAGUUUCCCAUGGACAUGCCUGAAACCAACAGCAGUAUUCUGAGCAAUUGGUUGGUGUCGCAUCCGCACAAACUAAUUACACAACCCCAAUCAGUGUUCAUCUACAAGUGCCCUUGACAUAUACUGAAGCCAAAGACUCAAAGUACACUCAUCCAGCUCACACCUCCAACUAGACCAGAUAAAUCAAAGAGAAAAAUGGUUAUAUAGUACUCCCUUCGUAAAGAAAUAUAAAAGCGUUUAAAUCACUAAAGUAGUUUGAAACUUUAGUACACGGAUGUAUCUAAUGGAGGGAGUAUCAGUACGUCACGUACUGAAGCCGAAGACUCAAAGUACACGGAUGUAUCUAACAUUAAAACGCCUUUUUAGACUUUUGAGACGGAGGGAGUAUCAAAGAUGCAACAACUCUGCUUCAGAAUCCCCUUUUCCGUGUUAACCUCCAAGCACCCCCACUCACUCCUACAGUUUUAGACUUGGCAAGCCAGAGAUCUCGAUCGCCAUGGAGCUCUCGUUCACCUCGGCCCAUCCCAUGCUCCUCUUCCUGCUCCUACCUCUACUCUAUGUCCUCCGCCUACGUCGGAACACCAGAAAGCAACCUCACGCCGACGGCCUCAAGGCCUACCCCAUCAUCGGCACGCUCCCGCACUUCGUCAAGAACCAGGACUGCCUCGUCGAGUGGUCGGCCGGCGUCGUCGCUCGUUGCCCCACGCACACCAUGGUCUUCGACUUCAAGGGUCUCGGCCUCAUGGCCGGUGCCAUCACCGCGAAUCCGGCCAAUGUGGAAUACAUCGUGAAGACCAACUUCCAGAACUACCCCAAGGGUGAGUUCGUGGUGUCUGCCAUGGCGGACUUCCUUGGCCAUGGCAUCUUCAACUCCGACGGCGACCAGUGGCUCUCGCAGCGCAAGGCCGCCAGCUACGAGUUCAGCAAGCGCUCGUUGAGAAACUUCGUGGUCAGCACCGUCCGGUUCGAGGUCGUCGAGCGGCUGCUGCCUCUGCUCUCCCGGGCGGAGCUAGAAGGCCUGACGCUGGACAUGCAGGACGUUCUCGAGCGCUUCGCGUUCGACAACAUCUGCUGCGUCGCCUUCGACGAGGACCCGGCGUGCCUCACCGACGACGGCCUGGGGUUGAAUGGGCGUGCCGAGUUCAUGCAUGCCUUGAACGACGCGCAGAUGAUGAUCAUGGCCCGGUUCAUGUCGCCGGUCAAGUGGGCAUGGCGGGUCAAGAAGCUACUCAACAUGGGACCGGAGAGGCGGAUGAGCGAGGCACUCGCCACGAUUCACGGCUACGUCGACAGGAUCAUCCGUGACCGCGGCGAGAGGGGAGCGGCCGGGCUGGCGCGCAAGGACGACUUCCUCUCACGCUUCGUCUCCAGCGGCGAGCACAGCAACGAGAGCCUUCGUGAUGUGGUCACCAGCUUCAUCAUAGCCGGGCGGGACACCACCUCAUCAGCGCUCACUUGGUUCUUCUGGCUCGUGUCCCGGCGGCGCGAGGUGGAGGACAAGAUCGUCCGCGAGAUACGCGCGGUGCGAGCGUCCAGCGGGAGCGCGGAUGCAGCCUUCAGCUUGGACGAGCUGCGCGAGAUGCACUACCUGCACGCAGCGGUCACGGAGUCCAUGCGUCUAUACCCACCCGUGGCCAUGGACUCGCGCUGCUGCAAGCAUGACGACGUCCUGCCCGAUGGCACGUUCGUCGGUAAAGGUUGGCAGGUCUCCUACAGCGCGUAUGCCAUGGCGCGGUUGGAGGAGAUAUGGGGCGAGGACUGUGCAGAGUACCGGCCAGAGCGAUGGCUCGAUGAGGAGGGUGCGUUCCGGCCAGAGAGCUCGUUUAAGUACCCGGUCUUCCAUGCCGGGCCGAGGAUGUGCCUCGGCAAAGAGAUGGCUUACAUACAGAUGAAGUCCAUUGCUGCCUGCGUGUUGGAGAGGUUCAGCUUCCAGUUCAUCGGAGGCGAGAGCCGGCCAGGGGUUGUGUUCUCCGUGACCUUGCGUAUGGAGGGCGGCUUGCCGAUGCAAGUGAAGAAGAGGGGGGCACUGAGCAGCUAGGCAUGUUCCCUUUGCCUACAGGCUGCUCCUCUCUCACGCCUACUUGUCUUAGUCCUACAUAUUCAGGUUCUAGCCAGUCUUGAGGUACCAUGUAUUCAGGCACUCAACAUAUUCACUAGAUGACUCAACCAAGAGCAAGCAGGUACUGGUACUUAAUACUCCCUCCGUCCCAAAAUAAGUGACUCAACUUUACACUAACUAACUUUGUACUAAAGUUACUACAAAGUUUAGUCACUUAUUUUGGGACGGGGGGAGUACAUGAUAGCGUAGAAGAUAAAACUUAUUCCAGCGACUGCCUGAAGUUUUCAACCAAAGAAGUGUUCUCAAAACUGUUAGGGUGUAGGUAAGCACCAAUUUGUCCUACUGCACAAAAAUACUUGGAUGAUAUAUAGCAUUGGGGUCCUACAAAGUUACAGAAUGCAGCGCCCAAGAUGAUAUAAUCUCACAAAACAACAUAGCAUUAAAGACUGCCACUACCAAAAAGGAUAAAUUGUACCGGUGUUGGAACUUAAUUCAGGUAUCAAGUUAUCAACCAGAGUAACAGCGAAAAGAUGUGCAGCAAUUGUUACAGAUGAACAUGGCUGAGAACAUGGGGUGCAAAAAGAGUAAAACUUACAGCUGGAA